CAUCAUGAAUGGUGUGACUCCACCACCAGUAACACCAAAGAGAGUGGUGAUUGAUUUUUCCUCACCCAAUUGCUAAGGAGAUGCAUGUAGGACACCUAAGGUCCACCAUUAUUGGAGAGAGCCUAAGUCGCUUGCUUGAGUUUCUGGGUCAUGACUUACUGAGACUGAACCAUCUUGGUGACUGGGGUACACAGUUUGGUAUGCUUAUUGCUCACUUACAGGACAACUUUCCAGAUUUUGCCACAAAGUCUCCUCCGAUCGCUGACCUCCAGGCCUUUUAUAGGGAAUCUAAAAAGAGGUUUGACGAAGAUGGAGAUUUUAAGAAGAGAGCGUAUGAGGCCGUGGUAAAGCUGCAGGCGCAUGAUCCAGUACACAUCAAAGGCUGGGAAGAGAUAUGCACUAUUUCCAAGACAGAAUUUCAAAAGGUAUACGAGCGUCUUGGUGUCCGGAUAAUUGAUAGAGGGGAGUCAUUUUACCAGAGCCGCAUGGAGGCUUUAGUAAAGGAAUUAGAUGAUGCUGGCUUUUUAGAGGAAGAUGAUGGCCGUAAGGUCAUGUUUGCUGACGGUGCAGGCAUACCAUUAACGAUUGUGAAAUCUGACGGUGGAUUUACAUACGAUACAUCAGAUAUGGCAUGCAUCAAGAACAGAAUAGAAGAAGAAAAGGGUGACUGGCUCAUUUAUGUUACCGAUGCCGGUCAAGCUCAGCAUUUUAAGAGCUUUUUAGCAUGUGCUGUUAGAGCAGGAAUUUACAACCCAUCAGUGACACGUGUAGAUCAUGUUACAUUUGGUGUUGUACUUGGAGAGGACAAGAAAAAAUUCAAGACAAGAUCUGGUGACACUGUACGAUUAGUUCAGCUUCUUGACGAGGGUCUCCAGCGAUCAGAGGAGAAGCUCAAGGAGAAAGAGCGCCACAAAGAAUUAACAUCGGAGGAGUUUGUUAAAGCACGGGAUGCUGUAGCCUAUGGCUGUAUCAAAUAUGCCGAUCUCUGCCAUGACAGGUCGCGAGACUACAUAUUCUCGUUUGACCGAAUGUUGGAUUUCCGUGGCAACACUGCGGCAUAUUUACUCUAUGCUUUGACAAGGAUACGCUCCAUAGCCAGAACCGCCGGUGUGAACAGAGAAGAGAUUGUAGCCGAAGCUAAGAAGAAACCCAUUGAGCUGGACCAUGAGAAAGAAUGGAAGUUAGCUCGUACAAUUCUCAAACUUCCUGAUGUUCUGGUUCGAAUCACAGACGAUCUGUAUCUCCAUCCUCUAUGUGAAUACCUUUACGAGGUUUCAACGGUGUUUACAGAGUUCUACGACAACUGCUAUUGUAUUGAAAAGGAUGAGACAGGAAAGAUUGUCAAAAUAAAUCAUUGCCGCCUGAUGCUGUGCGAGGCCACUGCUCAAGUCAUGGAGAAGUGCUUUGCCAUUCUUGGUAUUGAAACUGUGGACAAAAUGUAAUCAUGUAUGGCAAUAGUUUUUGCUAAUUAUUGUAUUCAUACAAAAAAAUAUUAAACUUGCAUGAGGUUUCCUCAAAAUAA